UGAACAUAGGCUUUCACUCCUUCAUUGGAGUCAUAGAGCGUGCAUUGAAAUCAGACCCUGCUGGGUCCCAGCAGUGGGAAUACUAAGGCUCAGGUGUACAGACAACAUCCAGAAGGAGUAGACCGCCUUCUUCAACAUGUGCUGCACACACAUGUUGACACCUAACAUUUGUAUCUGAGGCUGCUUGACCAUCUAACUCCAGCAGGCCACACUGAUCCCAUUCCCAUCACACUUAGUGCAGACGUCUUUAGACCUGGUUAAUUGGUGUUGGAUGAACUUGAGUUAAAGAAUUAUCACUCCUUGAACGUCUACACUAAGUGCAGAACCUAGAAUCUAACCUUAUGCCUCAUCUUAGACCUUACCCUCAGCUCUGUGCUAGAUGUGAGACAGACACACUCAGGAGGUGGUGGCAGAUCCCCAUGGCCUUAGAUGUGAGAUGAAAAGGGCAAAAGGCUGCUAGUUGUAUUAUGGAAUGCCUAGGCCUUGUGGAAUGAAAGAGGGGCCAACAACACAGGCUUUGAGCUGUGUGACUAAAACAGAAGCAGCCUUCAAGGUCUCUAGGAGACCUGAUUAAUUGGUAUUGGGUGAACUCCAGUUAAAGUUAUUAUUAAUCUUAAAAAAACGGUUUGCUCUUGAAUUCUGAACCUUUUAAGGCUCUGCCCAGCCCCAAGAUUCUACAAAAAUAACAUAUCAGAAGUACCCAGUGCUCUGCCUGAUUUUCUACAGGGGCUCAAAUUAUCAAUGUCAAGGAGCAGAGGAGGAAAUAAAAGAAUUAAUUAUCACUGAAUGGUCAGGCAUGUGAGAGGGAAUGGAAGGCACCAAAGCCCGGUGUGUUUGGGUUCCAAAGCUGCUGCUCAUUAGCCCUGUUCUGGAGCAAACCGUUAGUCAUGAAUGUGUGCAUGUGGGCAAGAAGAGCAACCCCCCCCCAAUCCCCUAUCUAAAUGGAUCAUUCCUGGUGACAUCACAACCCAAGUGGUUGCCAAGGCACUGCUGGAGGUGGGCUCUCAUUUCUUCCCAGGAGCUCUAGGGUGUGGAUGUAGGAAGGUGAGGAAGAGAGGCAGAUGGCGACAAAGAACAGCCCUAGCCCUAAGCCCAUGGGCACAGCCCAGGGCGACCCUGGAGAGGCAGGAACACUGCCAGCCCCCGAGGCUGGCAUCCGGGACACAGGUUCCACUCAACUGAAGACAAAACCCAAGAAAAUACGGAAGAUCAAGGCACUGGUCAUCGACCUGGGCUCCCAGUACUGUAAGUGCGGCUAUGCAGGAGAGCCGAGGCCCACCUAUUUCAUCUCCUCUACCGUGGGCAAGCGCAGUGCCGAAAUGGCUGCGGAUGCUGGAGACACCUUCAAGGAGACAUACGUGGGCCACGAGCUGCUCAACAUGGAGGCAUCUCUGAAGCUGGUUAACCCACUGAAGCACGGAGUUGUGGUAGACUGGGAUUGUAUCCAGAACAUCUGGGAGUACAUCUUCCACACCGCCAUGAAGAUCCACCCUGAAGAGCAUGCAGUGCUGGUGUCCGACCCUCCGCUCAGCCCCACCAGCAACCGGGAGAAGUACGCUGAGCUCAUGUUCGAGACCUUCGGCAUCCCUGCCAUGCAUGUGACCUCCCAGGCGCUGCUGUCCAUCUACUCCUAUGGCAAGACCUCCGGGUUGGUGGUGGAGAGCGGACAUGGCGUGUCGCAUGUGGUGCCCAUCUCUGAAGGGGACCUGCUGCCGGGCCUGCCCAGCCGUGUAGACUAUGCGGGCUGCGACCUCACCAACUACCUCAUGCAGCUACUCAAUGAAUCAGGUCACAAGUUUUCAGAUGACCACCUGCACAUCAUAGAGCACAUCAAGAAGAAGUGCUGCUAUGCCGCGCUGCUGCCCGAGGAGGAGAUGAGCCUGGGCCUGGAAGAGCUGCAUGUCGACUACGAGCUCCCGGAUGGGAAGAUCAUCACCAUCGGCCAGGAGCGCUUCCGCUGCUCCGAGAUGCUCUUCAAACCCUCCCUGGUGGGCUGCACCCAGCCUGGCCUUCCUGAGCUCACCGCGACCUGCCUGAACCGCUGCCAGGGCACUGGCUUCAAGGAGGAGAUGGCUGCUAACGUGCUGCUGUGCGGUGGCUGCACCAUGUUGGAUGGCUUCCCUGAGCGUUUCCAGAGGGAGUUGAGUCUCCUCUGCCCAGGGGACAGCCCCACAGUGGCCGCUGCUCCCGAGAGGAAGACGUCAGUGUGGACCGGCGGCUCCAUUCUGGCCUCGUUGCAAGCCUUCCAGCAGCUUUGGGUCAGCAAAGAAGAGUUUGAGGAGAGGGGCUGUGCAGCCAUUUACAGCAAGUGCUAAGGGGCGGGCCCCAGAGGCAAGAGCUGGAGAGCAGAGGCCCCUCCUGGGGCCACUCUAUACCUUUACAGAAUUUCUCAUAAAAGUUUAACCUGUAA